UCUGACACAGAGACAGGAGCUGCAGCAUGAUGACAAGGCAGCUGGUAGGGAGAGUAUUCAGUUGAGAAUAGGCUCAACUUACAGUAAGCUGGGGAGGCAGUGUCUCUUUUUCACAGCAGCCACAGAGGGCUUCUGUCAAGUGUAUGAGAGUUCAAGGCAAAGCCAGAACUGCCAGCUAAAGUUUUGACUGCCUGCAGUGAGUAAGAUCACACAUAUCAUCAUGUCCAGGACAUCUGCUGCUGUUAAUAAUACCUACACUAGGGGAUAUAUUAGAGGGAACUCCAAAGGGAGCCCAGGUGUAGAGUCACGUAAUAAAGAUGCCACAGGUAAAGUAGAACUAAGAAAAAAAGUAACUUUGCUGAGAGGAAUCUCAAUUAUAACUGGGACCAUCAUCGGAGCUGGGAUAUUCAUCUCACCCAAGGGCAUCCUGAAGCACUCUGGCAGUAUUGGAAUGUCUCUUGUGAUCUGGAGUGCAUGUGGGGUCCUGUCAUUGUUUGGAGCCUUGUCAUAUGCUGAGCUUGGCACAACUAUCAGGAAGUCAGGCGGUCAUUAUACCUAUAUGCUGGAAGCUUUUGGCCCACAAAUCGCCUUUAUAGGACUUUGGGCAGACUUGGUUGCAAUCCGCCCUUCAGCUAUAGCUGUUAUAGCCUUGGCUUUUGGGCAGCACAUUCUGGAACCCCUAUUCAUGCCAUGCGCAGUACCGGAAAUUGCAGUGAAACUUGCCACAGCCAUCGGAAUAACUGCUGUGAUGUACCUGAACAGCAUGAGUGUCAGCUGGUCUGCAAGGGUACAAAUCUGUCUGUUUUUUUGUAAGCUCAUUGCUAUUGCAAUUAUCAUCAUACCUGGGAUGAUUCAACUUUUUAAAGGUGAAACCCAGAAUUUUGAAAAUGCAUUUGAGGCUAAAGAGGUUCAAAUAAUGGGACUACCUCUUGCCUUUUACUCAGGAAUGUAUGCCUAUUCUGGAUGGUUUUACCUUAAUUUUGUUACAGAAGAAGUGGAAAGACCUGAAAAAAUUUUACCCCUUGCCAUUUGUAUCUCAAUGGCUAUUGUCACCUUUUGCUACCUGCUAACAAAUAUUGCCUAUUACACAGUAAUGACUGCCGAGGAGCUACUUGCCUCAGAAGGUGUUGCUGUGACCUUUGCAGAGAUGUUGAUGGGAAAGUUUUCCGUAGUGGUUCCAGUAUUUGUUUCAUUGUCUUGCUUUGGCUCAAUGAAUGGUGGGAUUUUUGCAGUUUCCAGGACAUUUUAUGUUGCUUCUCGUGAGGGUCAGCUUCCAGAAAUUCUCUCCAUGAUCCAUAUCCGCAGGCACACUCCACUCCCUGCAGUAAUUGUGCUGUACCCACUGGCCUUACUCACAUUGUUCUUAGGGGACCUCUACAGCUUACUGAAUUUUAUGAGCUUCGUGCGAUGGCUUUUUAUUGGAAUUUCAGUUCUUGGACUUAUUUAUCUUAGACAUAAGCACCCUGAAAUGCAACGUACUUUUAAGGUUCCUUUGUUUAUUCCUGCAUUUUUUUCCAUUACAUGCUUCUUCAUGGUCUUUCUGUCACUGUAUUCUGACCCCAUAAAUACUGGGAUUGGAUUUGCUAUCACACUGACUGGUAUUCCUGCUUACUACCUCUUCAUUGUGUUCAACAAAAGGCCAAAAUGGUUUCAAAGGAUUUCAGAAAAGUCUCAGACUCCUCCAUCUGCAGGUGUUUCCAAGGCUCUUCUAUCAGACACACAGAUCUCUUGAUGCUUGUCAGACUCUUCAAACUCAGACAUUGGAAUAUUCAUAUACAAUCCAGUUCACUGCAGGGCACCUAGCUCUCUCUCUCAAUUCAUACAUCUUCACUCUUUCACAUUCUCUCUUCAUUUUCUUCAUUUCCCUUAUCGUGACUAGAGAAGCAUCUCUAUAACAAACACGUGUGUCCUUGACCUGUAUUCUUAUUUUCUCUAACAGACUUCCCUCCUGUCUGCAGCUUUUAAGACACAGAGACUUGAGAUUUGAAACCCAAUCUCCCACCUGUAGGGAGAAGGUGCUAUCUUGCCAGGAGAUACCCUACUCUUUGAGGUGCUAACACCUCCAUACAACUCUCAUUCAGCAUCCUAACCUUGUUCACCAUUGAGCCAUAUGCGUGAGCUACCAUGCAUGUCUGUCCAGAAACUGUAUCCAGAAACCCUUUUAAGCUACAGUAUAUUUCCCAAAAUGUUACCUCAUCUUUCAUUCUCUCUCCUUCUCUGUUGGAGCCUAGAUAUGCAGACUUUCUUCCCAACUUUUUUUAUAAACUUCUUAAUUAACCCUUUAGAAGCAGCAGAUUCCACACAGAAUCACCAAUGAUGACAGCUCUUUUCCCUUAUGUGCAAUCCCUCUACUACUGAGUGCCAAAGACUCACUCGGACCAGCUGUGCUUCAUUUUCCAGCUUUUCUAAAUUAAUAGGCAGCCAUUAUAGCUCAAGGCCAUGCCAUUGGGCCUGGGCUAUAAGCCAAGAUGGUGGCUUCCUAACAGAGCCAACUCUCCCUACAAUACAUUCACAUUUUGUUUCAAACCUGAUAGGUGAAUAGAAUUAUGUUUUUGACAAAUUCAUGUUUCAACUCACUAAAUGAAAAAAAGAUGAUUAAUAAAAUCACCCAGCUCAUAUCACCAUAACUAAGAACCAGUAGUAGUUUAACAUUUUUAUAAGUCUGUGACAGAGACAUUCCUACUACAAUUCCCAUCCAAUCUGGAAUGGGUAAUGUCAUAUGUUAUGAAAUAUUUAUCAUCUCAAAAUUACUAACCAACAUACUGUAUCUGUAUAUGUUUGUAUCCAGUAUAGAUUAAAAAUAAAGAACAUUUUAUGUAAACAGUCAUACAAUAUAACAGCUUUAUUAAGCACAGGAUACAAAAGCAUACAGUUAAGAUAUGUGGUGCUGGUGAAAAUAUGUUAAAGAAAAGAUGUACCUGCUUUGACAAAUACAUUAUUAUAUUAAACAACAAUAUAGUAGGUGACUGUUACUCAGCCCAUCCUGUUGGUUAAUUUAAUAAAGAAUAAGAAAAGUCAUUCACCAAUGUAUUCCAAAGACCAACCAAUUUUGUUUCUUUAAAAUGUUUUCUAAGUCCCAAAUGCACUUCCUAUUAAUUGUGUCAUUGGGAAUUCUAAUUUCUGUUUUCAUCAACUUUUAUACUGGAUAUUUGAUGUACAUUACAUGGCCUACCCUGUGUGGUAGAGGUAAUGUUGAAAUAUGGCAACAUUAGGGUUAAGUUAAAAGCUCAAGAGCAACAGUUUCUAGCCAUUGUUAAAGGAAAGAAAAACAUGUCUGCUCAUAUGAAUAGACAGAUAAAAGGAUGAAAGUGCAGUUUGUCAUUCAUGAAAUACAAUUGGCCCCAUUAGUGAUAGUUCGAAGGAAAUCAAAUCACCAUAGGUCUGCAUUUCCCAGGGUGAUGGAUGAGUUCACAAGAAGUUGUAAGAUUACUUUUAAUGUGUGCUCCAGGCAUACAAAGCCAACAAAACAAACACUUUGUGCUUUGAAAAACAAUUGUAAACUGAGGCCAGACAAUCAGCUGCAUAUUCGCCGAAAAUAUGUAUAGUCUCUAGAGUUUGGUACAUAAUGGAGGAGAAGGAAACUGCUAUCCAUUCUUAGCCAAGAACAAAAUUAGUCUUUGACUGCAAGGGGAAACAAUCUGCCUUCCAAGAUUUCUUCUGCAUUGUUAAAACUGUUUUUCAGUGCUCUCAGACAAAAAUCGCAAGGAACCAUCAAACACAGGAAUUACAAUUAAAUAAUUCAUGUUCUCUGUCAGAUUGUGGAGUAAUGGGCACAAUUCAGGGUUUUCUCUGGUUACAAAUGGUAUCUUUUUAGGAGUUAUAGAUUCUUCACUAGACUUGAAAAAGAACAAAUGCAUAUCUACCCUAUUAUUCAUUUGUUAAAUACAUACUGUAUAACAUCUUUAUGGAUAGCUUCAGUUCACAUUAGCUGCGUGCUAAGCCAAGGCAUAAUGCCAGAAAUUGAACUCAUUGAACAUAUGUAAAAAACAUAUACUGAGCAAUUGGAAAGUAUUCCAGUUAACUGGCUUCUCACGAUCCUAUCAUGCACAUUCAGUGCCAAGACUGGAAUGGCUUCUACAGAUCCAGGAUCUUGUCCAAAAAAAUGUGCUAGUAAAUUGUUUCCUUUUUAGUCCAUUGCAUUGCAAAGACCCUGUUAUAAAAGGGUUGUCUGGCUCCAGUAUAUACAAGCAAUGUUAUUUUUUUUCAAAAAUUACAUUUCUCUGCAAUUAGGUUGUUGAGAAAAUGAGAAGAUGUGAGUGAUGAAUAACUGUCAUACAAAACUAACACACAGUGUUUUACACAUCUGUUAUUUGAAAAGUGUAUAAAGAUUUGUCCAUGACUGUAAUUACAUUUUUGAUUCUGUAGAACUUGUUAACUUAAGCAAUGCUCCUGUGGUUUAUAAUGCCACAGGAAGUUUUUUUUUGUAAUUUGGUGCUGAUAAUGCAUUACUUUAUGCUUGUGUUUGGCUUGGGGUUGUGUUCUUGCUUUUUUAGCACUGCUGUUAUACAGUACAUAGCCAUUCAUCAAAACAACAACCGUGACUGAUGCAGGUGCGCUUUCUUAAAGAGAAGGCUAGUUGCUACUGAUUGGGCAGCAUUUUUCACUGUCCACUAAUUGCUGAUUAUACUCUGAAAAGCAACAUACCUCAGCUCUGUGCAGAAACUGUUCUAAUUGCUACAUUUGGAUGGGUCAUAAUUUAAAACACACAGAUGUGAGAUUCAUUGGCAUGCUCCUGUUCUUCACAGACUGUUAUCAAAACUGACCCCUACAGCUUUGUUUUUAAUAUAAGACCCAUGGACUUUUCAAUUACAUUUCAGUGAAAAGAGGAGACCUUGGGUCAUCUACUUGAACUUUCAGAAAUGCUGCACUUUUCAAUUGUUCCAGUGUAGUGCAUCAGACAGUAACAUUAGUUACGUAAAGUUUGUUGUACUGAACACUGCACUUAAAGACAUCUGUGCCACAUCUCCAGUGUAUCCUAAUGAAAUAGUAUGUUUUUAAUUUCUACCUGCAGAUUUUUUUAUGACUUUUAAUAAAUAUGUAUAAAAUUGAAGAUACAUCUAGUAAGUGGUGAUCUGUCUUAUUCUUAUGAACUUGUCCAAAAUAUAUACGUUUAGUGAACAUUAAAUAAAAAGAGUAUCUUAGAAUUAUUCAGCCUUUUGAGUCAUUAGCCUGGAAAGGCUUUAUUAGCCUGUUGAGUUACAUUAUUAAGCAAAUGUAUGUUUUUUAAGUAUCAAAAUUGUACUUUUAUCAUCUGCACAGUUUUGUCUCAUUCGAGCCUGGAGGGUUUAUCUUCCUUUUUAUCGUAACAAGAAUAAAGCUUCUAGGAACACUGGCCCUGGUAUGAGUCAGUGCCUGUCUGUUUGUGUGUGUGCCCUGUGAUUGACUGGUGUCCUGUACAGAGUGCACGCUGCGUAGUGUCUUACUUGCUGCUUGCUGAGAUACUGUAGGCUUCGGCUCCCCCACAACCCUGUAUUGAAUAAAGCAC